CAGAUCGCAGUGCAGAGGCCCGCGGCGCUUGACGUCAGGGCGCACGUCCCACCCCGUGACCGUGACUGUGACCGUGACCAAGAGCGUCUCUGGGGCACGGCCGGGGGGCGCGGCGGGAGUGCACAGGACCUGCCAUGGCGGCCGAAGCCUCGGAGAGCGAGCCGGCGCUGCAGGAGCUCAUGCGCGAGGCGGAGAUCAGCCUGCUGGAGUGCAAGGUGUGCUUUGAGAAGUUUGGCCACCGGCAGCAGCGGCGCCCGCGCAACCUGUCCUGCGGCCACGUGGUCUGCCUGGCCUGCGUGGCCGCCCUGGCGCACCCGCGCACGCUGGCCCUCGAGUGCCCAUUCUGCAGGCGAGCCUGCCGGGGCUGCGACACCAGCGACUGCCUGCCGGUGCUGCACCUCAUAGAGCUCCUGGGCUCAGCGCUUCGCCAGUCCCCGGCUGCCCACCGCGCCGCCCCCAGCGCCCCCGGAGCCCUCACCUGCCACCAUACCUUUGGCGGCUGGGGGACCCUGGUCAACCCCACCGGACUGGCGCUUUGUCCCAAGACGGGGCGGGUUGUGGUGGUGCACGACGGCAGGAGGCGUGUCAAGAUUUUUGACUCUGGGGGAGGAUGCGCGCAUCAGUUUGGAGAGAAGGGGGACGCUGCCCAAGACAUUAGGUAUCCUGUGGAUGUCACCAUCACCAACGACUGCCAUGUGGUUGUCACUGACGCCGGCGAUCGCUCCAUCAAAGUGUUUGAUUUUUUUGGCCAGAUCAAGCUUGUCAUUGGAGGCCAAUUCUCCUUACCUUGGGGUGUGGAGACCACCCCUCAGAAUGGGAUUGUGGUAACUGACGCGGAGGCAGGGUCCCUGCACCUCCUGGACGUCGACUUCGCAGAAGGGGUCCUUCGGAGAACUGAAAAGUUGCAAGCUCAUUUGUGCAGUCCCCGAGGGGUGGCAGUGUCUUGGCUCACGGGGGCCAUUGCAGUCCUGGAGCACCCCCUGGCCCUGGGGACUGGGGUUUGCAGCACCAGGGUGAAAGUGUUUAGCUCAAGUAUGCAACUUGUCGGCCAGGUGGAUACCUUUGGGUUGAGCCUCUACUUUCCCUCCAGAAUAACUGCCUCCGCUGUGACCUUUGAUCACCAGGGAAAUGUAAUUGUUGCAGAUACCUCUGGUCCCGCUAUCUUUUGCUUAGGAAAACCUGAGGAGUUUCCAGUACUGAAGCCCAUGGUCACUCAUGGUCUUUCCCAUCCUGUGGCUCUUACCUUCACCAAGGAGAAUUCUCUUCUUGUGCUCGACACAGCAUCUCAUUCUAUAAAAGUCUAUAAAGUUGACUGGGGGUGAUGGGCUGGGGUGGGGCCCUGGAAUCAGAAGCACUAGUGCUGCCAUUAGUGAAUUGUUUAACCCUAGAUAAGUCACUUAAACUCAUCUAUGCAGGCAGGGAUAAUUAAAACUGUCUGGUAGACUUACAAAGCUUGGGACAAUUAUUAGAGAUUAAUCUACCAUUUAUUGAAUGCAUACUCUUUGUGCAAGGAAAUUUGCAAAUACUAGCUCAUUUAAUCCAUACUAUCCAGUGAGGUAAUUUCCCCACGCCUCCCCCCCCCCCCCCCCCCCGAGAUAGAGUCAAGCUCUGUCACCCAGGCUGGAGUGCAGAAACAUGAUCACAGCUCACUACAGUUUCAACUUCCCUCGCUCAGGUGAUCCUUCCACCUCAGCCUCCCAAGUAGCUGGGACCACAGGCGUGCAUUACCACAUCCAGCUAAUUUUUGUAUUUUGAUAGAGAUGAGGUUUCACCAUGUUGCCCAGGCUGGUCUCAAACUCCUGAGCUCAAGCAAUCCACCUUCCUCGGCCUCCCAAAGUACUAGGAUUACAGGCAUAGCCACCUUGCCUAGCCAUAAUUUUUAUUAUUAAUCUCAUCAUACAAGUGAGAAAACUGAAACCCAGAGAGCUUAAGUGACUUCCUCGAGGUCAUAGUUACUUACUGCCAUAGUCACAAUUUGAAUUCAAUUCUGAUUCCAAAUAAGUUGCGCUUAAAUAAGAUAACAGAUGUGGGGAAAAGUAUGUGAAUGUAUAGUGUUGCUAUGUGUACUGUCUCUACAAGUAGCUAAUUAUUUUAGCACAAAGAUGUGCAAAGAAAGGAGACUUUAUGGAGAGUUCAGGAGAAAAAGGAUUUUGUGGUGGCCAUCACUUUCAUUCAAUGUGUGACUGCUCUGAUGGCACAUUAGAUGAAGUUACUGUUGAUCCUGAAUUACGUGAAUAAGAAAAACAAUUGAACUGCUUAUUAAAAAGGUAAACAUGC